GGUGUGGUACACAGAGACCGGAACUCAUUUCCAGGCGGAGGGAUCUGGGGCGGUCGGAGCUGCGGCCCAGGCUGGCUCCGCUAGGGCGGGGGAGGCGGGUCAGGAGCUGCCGCCAUGGACGAGGCCUACGACGUGAUUGUGCUGGGCACCGGGCUGACCGAGUGCAUCCUGUCAGGGAUCAUGUCGGUGAACGGGAAGAAGGUUCUGCACAUGGACCGGAAUCCCCACUACGGGGGAGAGAGCUCCUCCAUCACCCCCCUGGAGGAGCUGUAUAAACGCUUUGGGCUUCCCGAGGGGCCCCCCGAGUCCAUGGGGCGUGGCCGGGACUGGAACGUUGACCUGAUCCCCAAAUUCCUCAUGGCCAAUGGCCAGCUGGUGAAGAUGCUGCUGUACACGGAGGUGACCCGGUACCUGGACUUCAAGGUGGUGGAGGGGAGCUUCGUCUACAGGGGGGGUCAGGUACACAAGGUGCCCUCCACCGAGACCGAGGCGCUGGCGUCCAAUCUCAUGGGCAUGUUCGAGAAGCGCCGGUUCCGGAAGUUCCUUGUCUUUGUGGCCAAUUUUGACGAGAACGACCCCCAGACACUGGAGGGAGUCGACCCCCUUGGGACCCCCAUGCGAGACGUGUAUGAGCGCUUUGACCUGGGGCAGGACGUGAUCGACUUCACAGGCCACGCACUGGCCUUGUACCGCACCGACGAUUACCUGGACCAGCCCUGCCUGGAGACCAUUAACCGGAUCAAGCUGUACAGCGAGUCGCUGGCCCGUUACGGGAAGAGCCCGUACCUCUAUCCACUCUACGGGCUGGGGGAAUUGCCCCAAGGUUUCGCCAGGCUCAGCGCGAUCUACGGGGGCACCUACAUGCUGAACAAGCCUGUGGACGAGAUCGUCAUGGAGAAUGGCCGGGUCGUGGGGGUCAGGUCGGAGGGGGAGGUGGCACGGUGCAAGCAGUUGAUCUGCGACCCCAGCUAUGUGCCAGAGCGAGUUCGUCGGGCCGGCCGGGUCGUCCGUGUCAUCUGCAUCCUGAGCCACCCCAUCCGUGGCACCAGCGAGGCCGGCUCCUGCCAGAUCAUCCUGCCCCAGAACCAGCUGGGCCGCAAGUCGGAUAUCUACGUCUGUCUGGUUUCCUGGGCCCACAAUGUGGCUGCACCUGGGAAGUUCAUCGCCAUUGUCAGCACCACGGUGGAGACGCCGGAGCCGGAGCGGGAGGUGGAGCCGGCCCUGGAGCUGCUGCAGCCCAUCGACCAGCAGUUUGUGGCCAUCAGUGACUUGUACGAUCCCAUGGAUGAUGGCACAGAGAGCCAGAUUUUCUGCUCCCGGUCGUACGAUGCCACCACCCACUUCGAGACGACCUGUGACAACAUCAAGGACAUUUACCGGCGCAUGGUCGGCGCCGCCUUUGACUUCGAGAGCAUGAAACGGCGCCAGAGCCAUGUCUGUGGGGAAGAUGAGCCGUGACCCCUGCUGGGGCCAGCUGGAACCCCCCCAAAAACACCCCCCCAGCUGGGGCCAGCUGGGACCCCCCAUCUCCACCGGGGCCUGCUCCCCGCAGCACAGGGACCAGCUGUGACUUCUCCCCCAUCUGCACCAGGACCAGUCCCCCUCACCAGGGCCAGCUGUGACUUGUGACUCUUCCCCCCCCCCCGAAAUCCAAUACUGCUCCCCCCCCCCAAUUCAGUACCUCCCUAAGUACCAGGAACAGUUGCAGCCCAUCACCCCCAGAUCACCCCACCCCACAGCUGCUGCCCCAAGCAGGGACCAAGCCUGGCACUACCCUGACCCUCAUCACCUCCCUGGGGGAAUCUUGCUCCGCCCCCUCCUCUCCUAGGGGCAGCUCUGUAGGGCACCAUUAAGGCCCAGGGUACCUUCCCCCCACAUCAGGGGGCAGGGGAGAUGUCUUGGUGUGUGUGGGGGGUCACCCCGCUGUCCCAAAGCUGGUCCCAUUUCCCCUGUGCCCCCCGUCUCGUAUCCGCCCCCCGCCGUAGCUGUGUAGGGGGGCAGGUUCCUGUAUGCCAUGGGGGGGCAGCACUCCCCCCCAGCACCUGCUGCUCGCUGUAAUUUAUUUUAAGUUAUUAUUAGUACUGGACCAGGGCCAAGAGAGAGGGAAGAGCUGGGGGGGCAGGGCAGCCCCUGUUCCCGGGGAAGGCUCUGGCUGGGGUGUGCCCCCCAGGUCCCACACUGUCCUUGUUUAACAAUGACUGUGAGGGGGGGAAGGCUUGCCCGCCCCCGCCCCGCUGCUCAAUUGUCACCAGGCAAUAAAGUUACUUUAGUCUAA